AAAUUAUUAAAGUUUAACUUUUGAAAACAGUCUUUUACCUUCCUUACUAUUUCCUAUAGUUUUACGACUACAGAUUCAAAACACGCACACGAGGGAAAAGAUUUUGAAAACAGACCAAGCCAAAGAAGACAUAUGCAAUACAAAAUGGAAGAUUCGUCAUUUGAAGAAGAACCGACCCGAACGAGGAGGCGUCCGCCACGAAGUAAAAAUAGAAAACAGAAUAGCAUGAGGGGCAACCCAGAGGGAGACAGUCUGUAUCAUAAACCCCCAACCAAGAUAAGAGCCCCACCUAAUACAGACAAUGAUGACUCUUUUGAGGCCCAGUCACCAAGGAAACGAAAGAAAAAAGUAGAACAAGAUAAUAUUGAAGUUAUUGAGAAAAAGCACAUGGUCAAGAAAAAGAAGUCUAUGUAUAGUGAUACUGACUUGUCUUCCUUGGACGUUACUGAUACACCAGACACAUUGAGUCAGAUAAGUGCCAUUGCACCAGUGUCAGACGUGUCCAUGAUGACAACAUUCAGGAAUCCAAGAGGUCGACAUGACAUGACAUGGGAAAAGGCUGUACAGAAGGCCAGAGGACAGCCAGAUGGUGCAGAAAGGUCAUUCAAUAGAAAGAAGAGCAGUAAGCUUGUGCUUCAGAACAGACCAGAAGUCAUCAGAGAAGUAGCAGAAGGAGUAGAGUCUGACAAGUCAGUAGAAAACAUUCCAGCUGUAGCCAAUAUACCAGAGGAGGAGCCCCAGCCUCUAGAAAGGAGAAAAUCAAUGAAGGUAAAGAUUAAAAGAGCAGCCAGCAAUGCAGCUGGAAAACUUCGGACUUUGAAAACAAAGAAACAACUUCAUGAGAGUCGUACAGCACUUGGAGUCAGGAAAAAAAGACUGGAUGAAUCCCAGAUGGAAGAAAAAUCAGAAUCAAGGAAAACAAAAUUGAAAGAAUUGCCAUUUAAAGAAAGAAAGAAAGUAAGGAAAAUGCUUAAGAACAAUUUUGAAGCAAUUCAAAGAUCAAAGAAAAUCUGGGAAAAUCUUAGAAGACAAGAUGUUCCAGAAGAGAAGAAAGUUGCUAUGUGUAACGAAUUACUUGAAAUGGUCAAAGGCAAUAUGAAAGAGUUUGCCUUUGCUCAUGACACAGCCCGCGUUCUCCAAUGUUUAAUACAAUACGGAUCACAAGAACAGAGAGAAAUUGUUUUUCAGGAGAUUAAAGAUCAAAUAGUCUUAAUGUCUAAGUCCAAGUAUGCAAAGUUUCUUGUUAAGAAAUUUCUCAUAUAUGGGUCAAAGCCUAUGAAAAAUGCAGUUAUCAAAAGUUUUCAUGGAAAUGUUAGGAAGCUAGUCAGACAUGCUGAAGCCUCUGACGUGGUAGAGUUGGCCUAUAAUGAUUAUGCCAAUGCAAGUCAGAGACUGUCUCUUCUGGAGGAUUUUUAUGGCCCUAGUUUUACUCUUUUUAAGACACCUGACAUCAAAUCUUUAGAUCAGUUGUUACUAGUCCAACCUGACAAGAAAGAGAUGAUUCUGAGUAACAUGAAAGAAGCACUGCUGCCAUUGAUUGAUAAAACAAUACUAGGACAUUCUAUGGUUCACAAGAUCUUUCAUGAAUUCUUUGUUCAUGCUAAAGACAAAAUGAAAUCGGAUAUGAUUGAGUCCUUAAGAGAACACCUUGUACACAUGAUCCACACAAGGGAGGGGGCUAGAACAGCGAUGUGUUGCUUGUGGUAUGGGACUAGUAAGGACAGAAAAGUAAUUAUGAAGAGCUUCAAGACACAUGUUGCAAAGAUUUGUAAGGAUGAAUAUGGAUAUUUGGUGCUGAUAGCUUUAUUUGAUGUGGUGGAUGAUACCAAACUGGUGGGAAAAAUCAUCUUAGAGGAAAUUUUUAAGAAUUUGCAUGACAUUGCUCAGAACCAACAUGGCAGGAAGGUUCUUCUAUAUUUAUUGUGUCCCAGGGACCCCCAUUUCUUCCAGCCAGACAUUGUACGAGUUCUAAAAGAGGGGGACAGCAACCCCCACAGUAAAAAAGAUGCCGCUUUGAGAUACAGAGAGUUAUUGACGAUGGUGUCUCAGCCUUUUCUACAGUACAUUGUAGAUCAUGCUCGAGAUCUCGUUCUGGAGAAUGGCUCGCUUCUGCUGAUUCUGUCAAUUCUCAACUAUUCUCUGGGUGACCCGAGUGAUGCCAUGAGGGCAGUGGCUGAAAUUGCAGCAGAACCAUUUGUAGCAGGCAGUUUAGAAAAUCAACACAUUGUAGAGCACCCUGCUGGUCACAUGACAUUGAAACAUUUAAUACAGAGAGACAGGGAUAGGAUACACGCAGGGCAGCCAGUGCUCUUCUCUCAGGUUUUACUGAGAACACUUAAAGAAGGGUCAUUGAAGUCCUGGGCUGCGUGUAACAGAGGCUGUUUUACACUUCUUUUCUUGUUAGAAGUGGAUCAUCCAGAAAUAACGGACACUGUCAUUAGUCAGCUGUCUGGAAUCAGGAGUUCAUUGAAGAAAAUGACAUUCCGAGGAGCUCAGAUUCUCUUACAAAAGCUGGAUGCUUUAAGUGGAGAGUACAAAUUAUAACUGACAGUACUGUUGAGUGUAGAACCAUUGUUAAGUGGAGAGUACAAAUUAUAACUGGAAGUGACUCUUAAAUGUACAACUUGUUGGGAGAUGUGUGAAUAUUGAUGUAUAGAAAUGUGAAGGACAACAAUUUUAAUUGGAGACUGAACAGAGAUUUGAACUAAAGGUGGACAGACAGUGAUAGUUUGAAAUCUAGCAUUUGUUGUUGUUUUUUUUUUAUAUGUCAACUAGGGCAGUUUGUAAAGUGGAUUAUCUAAAUUAAGUAUUUUUUUAAAAAAAUAUUUUAUGUGGAAUGAUUUUUAGGAAUUUACAAUUGAUGCAGUUGAGGAAACCAAAUGUUGACUAAAGGGUGGCCUCUACUUUAUGAAAGAAAAUUACCUUAUCAGUUUUAGAGUACAUGUAUGUGAUACCAGCUGUAUUUUUUCCUUUGAAAUUGGCUAUUUAUAUGAAAUUUCUUGUAAGUCCAGAUUUUGUUUGAUAAAAG